UAUUUUUUUUUAGGUCACAAUCUAAAAUUUUCAAAAUAUGCACCGUUCGCGUUCGUGACACACUUGCGAAUAAAUUUUCAAAGUCCGUUUCAGAAUUCAUGAUUUCACUUCCCUUCCACUCGAUCCGUUCAACCUUUCCUUCUCAGCCAUAUCGCGAAGGUUAUACAAUUAUUGGUUGGUUUGCGCCUUGUUUUAGUCGGCUUAUAUUUAUUAACAAAUUAAUACCGCAAUUAACGUGCCAGUGACUAUAGACGUUAAAAAAUGCUGCUUAAUUUUACGUUCAUAGGGCUCAUGGCACCGGUUUUUACAAUAUUUGAUAAAGACUCAUCGAUUAAUACAGAGAAAAUUCCAAAUUACGCUAACUAUCUAUCGGAAUCAGGAAUCCAUGGAAUCUUAGUUCAUGGCACCAGUGGCGAGGCCACUUCGUUGUCGGUCCGAGAACGAAAAGAUUUGGCUCAAGCAUGGUCGGAAACAGUAAAAAAUACCAGUCAACAUCUGAUGGUUCAAGUCGGUGGUUGCCCGCUGCCCGACGUACUGGAACUGGCCAAACACGCAGAAGAGAUAGGAGCAGAUUCAAUCCUGUGCAUGCCUGAGCUCUAUUUCAAACCAAAAAAGCCGCGCGAUUUGAUAAACUAUCUAAAACACGUCAGCGAUGCCGCUCCCAAUACCCCGUUACUGUACUACCAUAAUCCCGGACAUACUGGCGUAAAUAUCGAUAUGGCUCAAUUCCUGGAAGAGUCGACCAAUCAGCUACCCACGUUAAAGGGUAUCAAAUUUACGUCAAAUGACUUAGCGGCUGGAUAUGCAGCAUUGAAAGCUGCCGGAGGUCGGUUUACCGUAUUCAUAGGCGGAGACUUGCUGUUAGCGCCGGCGUUCGCGUUGGGGUUCGAUUCCGCCAUAGCGACGUCGAUUAACAUUUUUCCGAGCUACGCCACUGGCAUACUGGAAGCCGUCAAAAUGUCCGACGUUGCCAAGGCUCAAGGACUGCAAGAGAAUUUAACAGCCGCCAUGAAAAUUAUCAGAUCGUUCGGUCCCAAGGUACCGACAACGAAAGUGGCAAUGAAUUACGUAAGCCCUAUAAACGUGGGGCAUGCGAGGGCCCCGCUAGAGAACCUCAGCGAGGAGCAAUCGCGUGAAAUGAGACUGUCGCUGGGGGGUUAUUUAAAAUAUUGAACAUGGAGCACUAAAAGUUUGUGUUUAUUGAACAGAAGAGCGAUACAUACCUGCAUACGUGAGCCAAAGAUAAAGGAUGGCAAAUAAAAACCACUCGACGCUGUUGGUGAUUGCAAACAAUAAAAGCGAAACAAAAUUAAAA